UUCCCAAAUAAAAAAAAAAACCUCUUCAUCCUAUUCCAAUACCGUGACUCCCGCCGGCGACAGAGAACUCGCCGGAGAAAUGAACACUCCGGCCACCCUGUCUUCUCUGCGUAUGAACAAUGCCCGUCUUUCCGAUCAUCGCCGCUACGUGUUCCACGAGAACCUUAACCUCGAAACGCUUUUCAUCUCCUUCUUCUCUACUCGCUUAGUCUAGAAGUUAUUCGAUACUUCUUUUUCUGAAAAUGGAACAUAGAUGAUAGAGUAGUUGUUACACAGAGACAGGUUUUCAGAGAAAUUUUGUUUUUGCGAUAUUUGUUUCCCUUUUUUGUCAGUCAUGCCUCCGAUGAAGAUCCAACCCAUCGACGUCGAUUCACAGAAGCUGAAGGAAUCGACGGCGGUGGUUCGCAACGACGCCGCUAAGCCGGUUUUGAAGUCGCGGCUGAAAAGGCUGUUCGUGUUCGACCGGCAGUUUCCGAAUGUGUUGAGGAAUAAUACCUCGUCGGAGAAAACAACCGCCGGCGAGACUCCUCAGUUCAACAACAAAGACGGAGCCGGAACAACUACGGGGGAGUUCGAGCCGAGCUCCGUUUGUUUGGACAAAAUGGUGCAGAGUUUUAUCGAAGAUAGUAACGAGAAGCAGACACAAGCUGCGAAAUGCGGUCGCAACCGCUGCAAUUGCUUUAACGGCAACAGCAACGAUAGCUCAGACGAGGAGCUCGACGUCUUCGGUGAAUCAAUUUCCUCUGGUUCAUUCGGCGAUGCCAGUGACGCACUCAAGACCUUGAUUCCUUGCGCGAGUGUUGCCGAGAGAAACCUCUUAGCUGAUACAACCAAGAUCGUUGACAAGAACAGCAAGGUCUACAAGCGAAAAGACGAUUUGAGAAAGAUCGUCACCGAAGGCCUUUCAUCUCUCGGUUACGAUUCUUCCAUAUGCAAAUCCAAAUGGGACAAAACCCUAUCUUAUCCUGCUGGUGAAUAUGAGUAUAUCGAUGUGGUUGUAGAAGGUGAGAGAUUGAUUGUUGAUAUCGAUUUCCGAUCAGAGUUCGAGAUAGCUCGAUCGACGGGAACCUACAAGUCGAUCCUUCAGUCUCUGCCGAACAUUUUCGUCGGAAAAUCGGACCGUCUCUGUCAGAUCGUCGCCGCCGUCUCGGAGGCGGCGAAGCAGAGCCUGAAGAAGAAAGGGAUGCACGUUCCGCCGUGGAGAAAAGCGGAUUAUAUGCUGGCCAAGUGGCUAUCCAGCUCUUGUACCAGGGCGAAUCCGCCGCCGCCCGUCGCCAUACACGAGUCGACGGAGAAUCUGGGCGACAGUGCUGCGGCGGAGAGUGAUUGUGGUGAAUUGGAACUGAUCUUCGGCGAAAAAACAUCGUCGCCGGAUCCUGUGACUAUUUCCGGUGGUGAGAAGAGCGUGGCACCGGUGGCGAUGGCGACGUGGCAGCCACCGGCGGUGAAAGUGAAGAGUGUUGAGAGAGGAACGAAGGUGGUCACCGGAUUAGCCUCUCUUCUCAAGGACAAGCCAUAGAUUUUUUUUAACCAUUAAUUAAAAAUAUAACCAAAAUAUUUGGAUAAGAGUUGAUGACCUUUUUUUUUUCCACCCCCAAAUUUU